AGGGUUUGAAGUUUAAUAUUUGAUUGUAGGUUAUUCCAAGCCUUCGCUGCUGAAAACCUAAAUGCUUUUUUGCCCAGUUCAGUUCUUACUUUGGGGACGACAAAUUGCAGAACAUUCAUUGAACGAAGAUUGUGACUUCCUUGUUUCUUUGUUAAAAGACAAGACAGAUAAGAUGGAGUGAUACCCAGAAUGGUUUUGUAGAUGAAAACAUACCAAUGAUUGAGGCGUCGAGCACAUAAAGAUGUCCAGUUAACCAUUGAGUAUAAUACGCAAUGGUGAGUAAGGGGAGCGCAGUUGGUGAUAAAUCUCAGUGCACCGUGGUACACACUAUCCAGCUUGUGGAGACAACCAGCAGUAGCAUUCAUGUACAACACAUCUCCAUAGUCAAUAACAGGUAAGAAGGUUGUUUCCACCAAUUUCUGUUUCACAGUAAAAGAAAAGCAAGACUUGUUUCUAUAAUAAAAUCCCAGUAAAAGUUUCAGUUUUUUUACAACAUACUGAAUGUGCUCCUUAAAACUCAAGUGGUCAUCAAUUAAAAAUCCUAAAUAUUUAAAAGCACAUACUAACAUAAUUUGUUGCCCAUUUCUUGUUAAAAUGUUCUCACACAGUGCUGAUCUUACAGUUUUUGAUGUGGUAAAGAACAUACACUUUGUUUUCUCUGCAUUUAAAACCAGUUGAAGAUAGCAAAGUUGUUCUUGUACUCUGUCAAAUGCAUGUUGUAGAUAUUUAAAGGCCUCAGCAGGAGUGGGUGCUGUACAGUAUAUGACAGUAUCAUCAGCAUAGAAAUGGAAAGUUGAGUUCGGAAUAUUCUGUCCAAGAUUAUUUAUGUAAAUAGUGAAUAAUAAUGGGCCCAACACAGAACCUUGAGGGACACCCUUUUUCACUUGCAGUACGUCCGAGGAGGAACCUUCUAUCUGAACAGCCUGAGUUCUACUUGUGAGGUGUUGGAGGGCUGGGAUGCGCUUGUCAAGGAUGCAGUGAAAGAUGUUCCGCAAGGUCAAGAAACGCCACAGCAGCAGCAGCUCUCAAAGCAGUGAGAUCAGCACCAAAAGUAAAUCUGUGGAUUCCAGUUUAGGGGGAUUGUCCAGGUCAAGCACAGUUGCCAGCCUGGACACAGACUCCACCAAGAGCUCAGGAAACAGUACAUCUGAAACCUGCGCAGAGUUUCGUGUGAAGUAUGUGGGAGCCAUUGAGAAGUUGCAGUUUGACAUGAGCAAGACGCUCCACGAACCUCUCGACCUCAUCAACUACAUUGACAGCGCUCAGCAAGAUGGAAAGCUGCCGUUUGUGCCAGGAGACGAGGAAAUGAUUCUGGGAGUGUCCAAACACGGAGUCAAAGUGGCCUCUCUGGACCAGUGUGACGUGUUGCACCGUCACCCUCUCUACCUGAUUGUCCGCAUGCUCUGCUACGACGACGGUCUGGGUGCAGGGAAGAAUCUCCUCGCCCUGAAAACCACCGACCCAAAACAGGAGAGGUGCAGCAUCUGGGUGUACCAGUGCACCAGCUCUGAGCAGGCUCAGUCCAUCUGCAAGGUCCUGUCGGCUUCUUUUGACUGCGCUCUGAUGUCUGACAAGUCUUGACGCCUGAGAAAGGGAGCAGACGGAAACAAAAGCAGCUACCGCCUGGAUAAGUCCUGUCCUGAAUGGUUCACUUUUUCAUGUGUUGUGUUCUAUCCCCUUUCAACCAUAUGUGAAGGGAAAAUAUGUAUGUUUAAUAAUAGCAGCAUUAAGUACAAUGUAAUGGUACAUAAUCACUUGAUUUAAGUCUGCAGUCCAUCAUAUUGCUUUAUUGACACAAUGGGUACCAUUCUGCCAUUUGGCUUUAAUUUUAAGACUUUAAAUUAUUAAUAAUGGUUUUAAUGUUUAGAUUGUUUUCACCAAUAAUGUUAUAAAAGGUACUGUGGUGGAUUAACACUCAAGUCAAACGGAUUUGAAUGAUUUUGGGAAAUCGUUGGCGGCACGUCGUCUUUUAUAUUUGUAUUAUUAUUUUUCUAUUUUUUUUCUGUCACCUUCAACCAGUAGUUGUGCAGUGAGAAAAUGUGUUGAACAUUAAAGGAGUGGAAAUGUUAGAA